UCCGCAGCAAGGGAGGCAAGCCGGGUUUAGACUUCCGGUUGCCAACAUGGCUUUCGGGUUGUACUCUCUGUUGGAAGCAGUUAUUCUUUGCUUAAACGCUGUCUGUGUUUUACACGAAGAAAGAUUUCUGGCUAAAAUUGGGUGGGGUACAUCACAGCAAGGAUUUGGUGAGGAUCCAGGACUGAAAUCCCAGAUGCUUAAUCUUGUUCGCUCUAUACGAACAGUCAUGAGGAUACCAUUGAUUGGAAUCAACAUUGUCACAAUAGGGUUAAUGCUAGUGCUUGGUUAGUGCUGUAUAUCUGUGCAGAAAAAAGGGUCAGUUCGAAUGACAUGGUGUGUGGAAUGUUUUCCACUUCUGAGGCUGCUUAAAACACAUAAAUAAUUCACACAAAAAUUUGAUUGUGCUUAAUGUGCGCUUGUAAUUCAGGAUAAUUCUUUGAUAUGGAUGUGAACAAAAUACUUUCAUAUUAUGGCAUUGCUUCUGUGUGUGCAUGGAAAAUGUACAAUGUUGGUCCUUCUUAUCUCAUUUUACAUGUAAAAAUAACAUUGGAAGUAUAAUUUGGAAGUGCAUUGAAAGUGUACAUGAGCAGGAUGUUGUGAAUUUAUAAACAAAACAAUUUUUGGAAUAAAUGUUUUCUGCAAACUA